AUGGCGGAAAAGCUGCAAUACGCCGUACAUCAGUACGGCUCACAACACGAGCUUCAGCGGUUGGGUGUCUGGGAGGUAGACACCAAGGACACAACGAAGCCAUGGGUCGUAUACAUCCACGGAGGCGCAUGGCGCGAUCCGCGCAUUCUCCUAGAGACGUUUGUGCCGACGAUUGACGAGCUGUCGAGGCAGGACAAGUACGCCGGCGCGAUGAGGCGGGUAGCCGGCUUUGUCUCGCUAGACUACCGCCUGAGCCCGCAUCCAGACCUGCCACAAGACCCGGCUGUGACGUCGCCGCGACAGUUCCGCAACGCCCAGCACCCGGACCACCUGGAUGAUGUGCGCCAGGCGAUGGCGUUUCUGCAGACGAGGUACAGCAUGGGACGUCGCUACGUCCUCGUGGGACACUCGGCGGGCGCGUGUCUGGCCCUGCAGCUGACAGCCAGUCCGGGUGGCGUGGCACUGCCGCAGGCCAUCAUCGGAGUUUCGGGCAUCUACGACCUCACGGGCAUCAACGAGCGGUCGGGCGGGUCGUACGGCGGCUUUCUCACGGGCGCGUUUGGCGACGCCAGCACGUGGGACCCGGUGGCUCCGCGGACCUGUUCGGCCGACUUUGCCGUAGCGCUUGCGGGCUGCUCGGUGUUGUUGGCACGGUCACAGGACGACGAGCUGGUGGACGAACCGGAAAUCGACAACAUGGCUGAGCGGCUGCGGGCCGAUUACUGCUCGCCAUCGGUCUGGAAGGAUCUCCGGGGACCACACGAUUCCUGCUGGGAGGAGGGCAAGGAGCUAGCGCGUCUGAUAGCAAGGCUUUUGGAUGGAUGGUAG